CCUCUCCUUAGUUUCCUUGCCACCCAGUAGAAGAAGAGAGUGUGUGCUUAUGCGUGUGUGUUUGAGAGUGUGUGUCAGUGAGUGAAGCAGAGGGCUGUUGUUUACAGCAAAGACUUCGCCGUGAGAAGGAACGCGGCGCGAGCGAGGCACUGCAAGGAUCUGUGUCUGCACUGCCACGGUUGGGGGGAAACGAAAACAAAUCAGGGAGAAAAAAAAAAACAAUACACUACGCGUAUACCUAAACAGAAAAAAAAUAACGUUCCGGCAACGCUUACUGGAUUAUUCUGUGUGGAUGGUUGACGUUUACUAUUGGGAGUAGGGACGGGCAAAAAUUCCAUCCGAAAGGAAGCAAUACAGAUUCCAACGAAAUGAUAAAGUGAAUGGGCAUGCGAAGCCUAAGAAAAUGGUGACCAGAUCUGUUUUUGUGUCCUACGUUUCUGAAGGAACUUGGCAAACACUACUGUGAGGUGGAACGAACGACGCACGACAGAGCUAUACCCACCGAGUGAAGCUUUUCAUUCAUUUUGUUUCACAUUUAUUCAAAAUCGGGCCUGCCUGCUACUUGCAGCUUGGAUUUUUUUGUGGGUCAGCUGAACCUCGCAAGCGUACUUACGUAGGAUCUAAGGGGGUCGCCGCUGAGUAUUUUUAUAAAUCGGAAUUUGUUUAUUUAUUUUGUGGUGUUUGAAAAAUGGAGGUUGAGGAUGCAGACUGUAUGUCUAGGUGUGUUUCGUGCUUUCCGUUUGUUUCCACACUGUAUCACCGGCAGGGCUGAAGAAUUUGUUAUCUUGCUGAAUAAUUUAGCAGCUGCAAAAACACACAAUUACAACGCUACGUUUGUAACACAAUUCGAAAACAACCAAGAAACUGCAAAAACACUUUGAGCGCCCCCUCCUUCAUUAAAACGAAGUUUUACUUUUACAGCCGUUACUCUAACGUUUUGCUUUUUGGAUGCUUUUGCUUUAACCUUUUAUUCUUCCUUUUGGUGUGAGCAUCGUCUUGUCCUGGAUAUUAAUUUUGGAGAGUUUAGUUUUAAAUCUUCGUGUAUGUUGCGGGCGCUUAUUGGAGUAAUGAGGCUCUCGACAGAAAGAGGGUACCUACCCUGCACUGUGGUCUGGGUUUGUGUACUCUUGUGUUUAUUCCCACUGGUUAUAUUCGUUCCUUGUGUACGUGGAGAAAUUUGUGGGCCAAGUAUCGAUAUUCGGAAUGAUGUACAUGAACUGAAACGCUUGGAGAACUGUACAGUGAUUGAAGGUUAUCUCCAAAUCUUGCUCAUAUCCAAUAAAAAAGCUGAAGACUUCCGUAACCUCCGAUUCCCAAAGUUAACCGUUAUUACAGACUAUUUGCUGCUUUUUCGUGUCUCUGGACUAGAAAGUCUCAGUGACCUUUUCCCAAACCUCACUGUCAUCCGGGGCAGGAACCUUUUCUACAAUUAUGCCUUGGUCAUCUUUGAGAUGACUGACCUCAAAGACAUUGGACUUUAUAAUCUCCGGAACAUAACUCGUGGAGCCAUCCGCAUUGAAAAGAACUCUGAUCUCUGCUACCUUUCCACUGUGGACUGGUCACUCAUUUUGGAUGCUGUAUAUAACAACUAUAUAGUUGGAAAUAAAUUAGCAAAAGAAUGUGGUGAUGUUUGUCCAGGGACAAUGGAGGAAAAUCCAUUAUGUGAGAAGACAACCAUUAAUGAAGACUAUAAUUACCGUUGCUGGACCGGCAAUCACUGCCAGAAAGUGUGCCCUAAUGAAUGUGGCAAGAGAGCAUGUACAGACAAAAAAGAAUGCUGCCAUCCAGAAUGCCUUGGUAGCUGUACCAUGCCAGACAAUGACACCGCCUGUGUAGCCUGUCGCCAUUAUUUCCAUGAAGGCCGCUGUGUACCCACCUGCCCAUCCAACACCUACAAAUUUGAAGGGUGGCGCUGUGUGACCAAGGAUUUCUGUGUCAAAGUCUCCAGCACAGAUAUAGAGGAAGAGAAGUUUGUAAUUCACAAUGGUGAAUGCAUUGAAGAAUGUCCUUCUGGGUACAUGCGCAAUGGAAGUGACAGCAUAUUUUGUAGUCCUUGUGAAGGACCUUGCCCCAAAAUCUGUGAAGAUGAGAAAACAAAGACCAUCGACUCUGUGACAUCAGCACAGUCGCUGGAGGGAUGUACUGUUGUCAAGGGCAACCUCCUUAUCAACAUCCGCAGAGGAAAUAAUAUCGCUGCUGAACUGGAGACAUUCAUGGGGCUGAUCGAGACAGUGACUGGUUAUGUGAAAAUCCGCCAUUCUCAUGCCCUGGUAUCCCUCUCAUUUUUAAAAAGCUUGCGUUACAUAAAUGGGGAGGAACAACUGGAUGGAAACUAUUCCUUCUAUGUACUGGAUAACCAGAAUCUGCAACAGCUCUGGGACUGGAACCACCACAAUCUUACUAUCCGAUCAGGCAAACUUUAUUUCCAUUUCAACCCAAAACUGUGCCUGUCAGAAAUCUAUCACAUGGAAGAAGUAACUGGGACCAAGGGGCGACAGCAGAAAGGAGAUAUCAACCCCAGGAACAAUGGUGAAAGAGCCUCUUGUCAGAGCCACAUCUUGAAAUUUACAUACAACAGCACCAUGAAGAACCGGAUAAAACUGACCUGGGAGCAGUAUCGCCCCAAAGAUUACAGGGACCUCAUCAGCUUCACCGUUUACUACAAAGAAGUUGCUUUUAAAAAUGUGACUGAAUUUGAUGGUCAAGAUGCCUGCGGUUCAAAUAGCUGGAACAUGGUAGAUGUUGAUCUUCCUCCAAAUAAAGAUCAAGACCCAGGUAUUCUGCUUCAGGGGCUCAAACCUUGGACCCUGUAUGCAAUUUUUGUCAAAGCCAUAACCCUUACCAUGAUGGAUGAUGGGAACAUAGAGGGUGCAAAAAGUGAAAUCAUCUAUAUUCGAACAAAUGCUUCAGCCCCUUCACUACCGCAAGAUAUGAGUUCAGCUUCUAAUUCUUCAUCUCAGUUGAUUGUGAAGUGGAAACCUCCUGAGGAACCAAAUGGCAAUUUGUCAUACUACAUUGUACGCUGGCAACAGCAGCCUGAAGAUGAUUACCUCUACCAACACAAUUACUGUAGCAAAGAUCUUAAAAUCCCAACCAGGAAUUAUGCCUCGGGUACCAUUGAUUUGCAUGACACUCCUGAGCCCACAAAGACUGUGUCUGGUGGAGGAGAUCAAAAACCCUGCUGUCCCUGUCCAAAGACAGAGGCUGAAAAACAGGCAGAAAAGGAAGAAGCAGAGUACCGAAAACGCUUUGAGAAUUUUCUGCACAAUUCGAUCUUUGUGCCCAGACCGGACAGGAAACGUAGAGAUGUGUUUGGCAUUUUAAAUGAGACCUUCUCUGCUGGAGGAAGGAACGCAUCAGUCCACAGCUCAAAUUUUUCAGAUCUCGAGUUUCAUGAUAAGGAGUACCCCUUCUCUGAAAGCAAAGUCAUGGGAAGGGAAAGGACAAUAAUUUCUGAAUUGAGACCAUUCACCAUGUAUCGCAUCGAUGUUCAUGCCUGCAAUCAUGAGGCCGAGAUCCUUGGCUGCAGUGCAUCUAACUUUGUGUUUGCAAGGACAAUGCCAGCAGAAGGGGCAGACAACAUUCCUGGUGUGGUCACAUGGCAUCCAGAAGGGGAACAAGCUGUCCACCUAAAGUGGCAUGAACCUCCAAACCCAAAUGGGUUGAUACUGAUGUAUAAAAUAAAGUACGGGGUGCAAGGAGAGGAAAGAAAUGAGUGUGUCCCCAGACAAGAUUAUGCAGUCCAUGGUGGAGCAAGGCUGACUCGCCUUGAUCCUGGAAACUAUUCGGCUCGUGUUCAGGCCAUCUCAUUAGCGGGAAAUGGAUCUUGGACAGAGCCAGUGUUCUUCUAUGUGCAAGCUAAACCUCAGCCUUAUGAACAUUUAAUACAUUUGAUGACAACACUACCAAUUACGCUGCUCCUUUUUGUAGCUGGAAUUCUUUUAAUGCUGUAUGUCUUCAACAAAAAAAGAAAUAGUGACCGACUUGGAAAUGGAGUAUUGUAUGCCUCAGUGAAUCCGGAGUACUUCAGUGCCGCAGAAAUGUAUGUUCCUGAUGAGUGGGAGGUUCCAAGGGAGAAGAUCACAAUGUGCCGAGAGCUGGGACAAGGAUCUUUCGGAAUGGUGUAUGAAGGAAUUGCGAAGGGUGUGGUGAAGGAUGAACCAGAAACCAGAGUGGCGAUCAAGACAGUCAAUGAGUCAGCAAGUAUGAGAGAACGAAUUGAAUUCUUGAAUGAGGCGUCAGUCAUGAAGGAGUUCAAUUGCCAUCAUGUGGUGCGCCUUUUGGGUGUUGUGUCACAGGGGCAGCCUACAUUGGUAAUCAUGGAGCUGAUGACUCGCGGGGAUCUAAAGAGUUAUCUGAGGUCAUUGAGGCCUGAUGCUGAAAAAAAUCCAAGUCAGUCCCCUCCAACAUUAACGAAAAUGAUUCAGAUGGCAGGAGAGAUUGCUGAUGGGAUGGCAUACCUCAAUGCCAACAAGUUUGUGCAUCGUGACUUGGCUGCUAGGAACUGCAUGGUGGCUGAGGACUUCACUGUCAAGAUUGGAGACUUUGGAAUGACAAGAGACAUUUAUGAGACAGAUUAUUAUCGGAAAGGAGGAAAAGGUUUGCUGCCAGUGCGCUGGAUGUCUCCUGAAUCACUGAAGGAUGGUGUUUUCACAACCAACUCUGAUGUCUGGUCCUUUGGUGUUGUUCUUUGGGAGAUUGCUACAUUAGCAGAGCAGCCAUACCAGGGCAUGUCCAAUGAACAAGUCCUUCGCUUCGUCAUGGAAGGAGGCCUCUUGGAAAAACCAGAUAAUUGUCCUGACAUGCUAUUUGAGCUUAUGCGAAUGUGCUGGCAGUACAACCCAAAAAUGAGACCUUCUUUCUUGGAAAUUAUAAGUAGCAUUAAGGAUGAGUUAGAUCCUUCAUUCAGGGAGGUUUCCUUUUUCUACAGUGAAGAGAACAAACCACCUGAUACAGAGGAACUUGACCUUGAGGCAGAAAAUAUGGAGAGCAUUCCCUUAGACCCUUCGUCCACGCUUCAACCCACUGAGAAGCACUCAGGUCACAAAACUGAGAAUGGCCCAGGGGUGACUGUCCUAAGAGCAAGCUUUGAUGAGCGGCAGCCAUAUGCACACAUGAAUGGGGGGCGUAAAAAUGAACGAGCCCUGCCUUUACCCCAGUCAUCGGCCUGCUGAUCUCAGAAAUGGAUUCAUUAAGCAAAUAGAAGAAAUUUAUAACAAUAAGUUAAAAAGCCUACUGUACCUCAGUGGAUUUUUCAGAACUGCCAUUGCUGCACACAGGAGAGACUUAUUUUUGGUCAACACUACAUUUUGUAAUCAGAUUUCAAGCAGAUAUCUCUUCCCAGUAAGGACUUCUGGCCUUGGGUCACUGUGUUUGAUCCAGCAGAAAUGAAAGAUUUUUUUUUCUCUGAAUUGUAAUGGGGAAAUGUAUCUGCUAGCAAGCCCAACAGAAAAAGCACUUUUUUUCAAAUGAAUGAAGGUGGGGUACUUUAACUCCACCCCACCUCCAGACUCUGACCUAACAUUAAAGGUCUUAACAAAGAAAUAAUUUUCAUGCCUUUUUCCCUAUUGUUCUUAGGACAUUCUUGAACUUCUAGGGCAGCAACAGAGGGCAAAGGAACCAUCGUUUGCCCAUUGUGGUUGUAUUCAUUUUUAUACUGCUGCCAAAUGUUGCCAAAAAUCUGAACAUUAUUCCUCCUUUUUUGAGAUUUGGAAGGAAGACUAGUAAGCAGAUGUUCUGAAAAAAAUGGAUCCUGACCAAUACAGCUCCAUUCAUUGUACACUGGUAUUCAUUUGACAUUUUAUCACUUAAAACAGAUAAGUAUGUUGCUAUAUAGUUUUUUGGAAACUGCACAACAUUGUCAUUGUUCACAGUUACAGACUAGUUCUGGAAGAAGAAAAUUGAAUUAAAAGGAACUGGCAACAGUGAGCCAAAACACUCUCCGUGCAGAAGGUAACCUCAUGCCAAACAAAGAAUAGAAGGGAACUCCAGCGUUGUAGUCUGUCCCCGUACAGACUGCAUACAAACUAUGUAUUUGUGUGUCUGUGUACAUGCACACAUGUCUGGAUGUGUGUAUGUAUAUGUAUAUAUAUAUAUAUAUAUAUAUAUAUAUAUAUAUAUAUAUAUAUAUUCAUACAUACACACACACAUAUACAUGUAUGCAUAACAUAUGUACAUGUUCACACAUAUAUGUAUCUAUGAAAAAGCGGUUCAAGGUCACAAAUCGUUCAACGCCAUGUUGACAUUUUCUCUCUGGUAUUCAGACUUUUAGAAGGGUCUUGCAGUUCUAUGUUAGACCAUGCAUUGUUUGCAUACACAUCGUUUGUUGUGUCACUUUUAUAACUUUUUUACAGUUCAGAAAUUCAUCUAUAUGUCUGUACAGAAAAGAAGCUGCUAUUUUUUGUUCUUUUAUCUUUGUGGAUUUAAUCUAUGGCAACCUUCAGGUUUACCCUCUCAUCAACCUUUUUCCUAUAAGAUUUCACCUGCCCUUAACCUACAUCUGACAGAUUUCUUAAUCUUAUGCUUUGUAUUACAGUAUGUACUUUUGAAAAUGAAAAACAAUGUUUUCCAAGUAACAAGAAUUCCUGUCACAUUUAUUUGCCAUGAGUUGUACUUUUUUUUUUUUUCCCAUUUACUCACUUCAACUCCUUGGCAUCUUGCAUCGUGGUUGGAAGCUUACCAUUGGUGUAUUGCCUUAUUCACAGGUUACAUGCACCAUUUGCACCACCUGCUUAACCAUCUACAUGAACCUUGUAACUGUCAAAGUGUGAAGCCAGGUGCAAAUGCAGGUCAGAAGAAAAACUGUAAUUUGAGUACAUUUGUGUCCAUUAUUACAUGCGUUGUCAUGUGCUGGGUUUCCACUCCUUUUCUUGCCUUCUGUUUUGUUUUGUUUUUUUACUCAUUGUACACGUUGUUGGGUACAGCUACCCAGACUUUCACAAAAUUUUGUUGCGUGUUGUAUUAAUUAAUGAUAAUCCAACCUUUCCAUCCCAGAAACAAGACCUGUACUGUUCCAUUGUAGAAGCUGCUACUUUUUACUGCCAUGUCCAUACCGUACAGGACUAUUAAAACAAAACAUUUCAUUUGUUGGUAUGGACUAAUGUAGACUGCCCCACCAGUGUUCUUUAUGGUCAUGUGGUUGGAAAAAAUGAGAUACAUGUUCAAAUGGUCUUAAAUUUCUAUGGCUGGUCUGCCUUGCAUGUGUAACCUGAGCUGGCAAGACAUCCUCAGUGAAGAAAAUGAAGAACCGAGCAAAAUGGAGGCAGUCCACUUUACCCAUAAGACAACCAUAAAAGGUAGUAUGCUCUGGAAAGCAAAAGUAGGGUGGCACUAUAGCAGUGUUACACCUAAUGUUAGAAUUAUCAUAUAUUUAUAAAAUGCAAAACAAACUGUAUGAUGUCCACAGUAGUCUUCAGUUCAUUAUACAUUUUUGGAGGGUGGGGGGAGGGUAGUAGAGGAAAUAUUUUGGAAUUAAAUAAUUUCGGUUUGUGAUUGCAGAGGAUGAAUUAAACAUGAAUAUGGGGAAUUAAUACCGAUUUGCUAGUUGUGACUGGAGAUUAAAAGAAAUAAUUACUUUUGUAGUGCUUUUUGCUUCUGUAGUAUAGCUGUCACACUUCUAUUUACCUCUGUCCCAUAGUUUAGAUUUGUUUUCUUAAUUAAGAAGGUAUUCUAUGUAGGAUUUUUAUUUAUUUAUUUUUGGUGACAGUUUAAAUCACUGUAGAAAUGGCCCCGUAACAAUUUUCUGUACUGAGAAUAAGGGUUUUUGUUUAUGAUAGGGGGACAGUUUUUGUUAUGAUUUUUUUUUUUCAAACAUUUAUCUACCUCACUCUUUUUUGUAUAUAUAUAAAAUGCAUCUCACAGUUCUCUACAGCUGAAACCAUAUUUGCAGAUAAUCUACUCUGGUAACCUCAGUCACAGUACAUACCACAUACACUAGGUUCUGAAGCGGAAGAGAGGUACCUAGUUUAAAGAGGUCACUAAUGAAAUAAUACUGUGUUGUCUGUGUUGUAUUUUUUCCUUAAAGAAGUCAGGGAACACAUUUCUUCUAGCACUCGACUUUAUUUGUGACCAAAUUUGGGUCUUGCCCAUUAAAGAAAGAAAAAAAAAUUGUUGGGAAAUAACUUUAAUUAUGGUCUGCUAUUAAAUUGCAGAUGUGUAACCUGCAGAUAUUCUAGGCAGAGGAUAUUUCUCUCUCCCUAGUUUUACAUCUGAAAAAUGAAAGUGAGGCUGAUGUAUACAAAUGAGAAAGUUGUGCUAAGCAUUUGCAGAUGUCGUAGUUUAUUGAAUUCUAACCCUCAUUCUUUGGGAGGUGUUUUAUAAAUCUGCUCAUUACUUUUCAGAAACAAUAUAUCCCUUAUUCAUAGAAGCAGGAAUGUUCCCUGUGCUAUGAAUGGUAUUAAGGUACACACAGAGCUUUAAUUUACCUGUAGUAUGGUUUGAUUUUGUUGUAACCUAAUGAAAUCAAGAUCACCCUAGUUCGUAUGUCUUGGUAGGUUUACUGCAGGCUGUUAGAGCUUGCUUGCCUUUUGAGAGCAAGGUAGGUUUUCUGAACUAAAGAAAGUGUACUUGUUUUUACUAGUGAAAUGUGUGUUUCUGUAAAAAAAAAAAAAAAAAAAAAAAAAAAAAAAAAAAAUCUGUUUUGAGCAGUCUGUCGGAGGAGAAUUGGGUUGCAUUGGCUAUAUACAAGACAAGGAAUGAUCAGAACCCAAGUACUGAGCAUAUAAUUUAAAAGACAUAAGGCAUUUGCUGUUUCAGUAUUAAAAGCUGCAUAAUUGAGGGCCCUCUAAUGGGUCCUCAUUUGAGGUAUAUUACCACCACCAGUGAGUUUGGCACUUUUUUCAUUAAGAUGCUGCUGCUUUACAAGAUUACCUGGGUUCUGACAUGAAUAUUUGCUCAAGUCAAGUAGAACACUAAAUGCAUAUGAUAAUUUACCCAGUCAUAGAUUAAUUAUCUAGUGCCCAGUGCUGUUGCCUGAUGUGGUGCCCUUCAACUCUUUUCUGAUGCCCCUGAGUUCCUCUAAGUAGAGGAGCAAAAAAAAGGUCAGUUUUCCAAUUUCCAAUCCAGUGCUUUUAUUGCUAGGUCCAUUCUGCCCGAUUUGCUCUGCUCCCCUCUAGGUUAAGUGAGGAGUGAAAAAAAAAAGUCUUCCCUGAACUGGUGCUCCUCUACUUGUAGAGUAACUUGCUACAGUUACCAUAUCACCACCCACUAUGCUCUUUUAGUCCUGACAUCAGUUACAUGCCGGUACUGUAAUAAAACCCCAUCCGCAACUGCCAUUUGUGCCCCUUAACACAUUGCACCAGAGAUGGCUGCUCUCUUUUUGCUCGUCCCAAGCUACACUUCUGAAUUUACCAUGCAAUAUGAGGGUUAGGAAUGUACCAGGCAGAUCUGUAGCAUUAUGUCAAAAAAGAAAAGCAGAAAAAAUUCUAAAAGCAUUUCACGUGCAAACAUUAUUUGUAUACCCAUAAUGGUCCAGCCUUUUAAAUACAGCUUUUAGUAUAACCUGUGCUUUUUUUUUUUUAAAUGUAAUCCUAGUCUUUUAGUCUGUAUUACCAUUUAUAAAGCAUAAUGUGGUAUUGUGGGCAGCCUGUAGCAUGGAGCCUGUGUGUGGCCCUAUUCUGUUUCAUUCAUGUCUCUGAAGCAUCUCCAGUCUUUUGGUUCCAUCUGCUGCCAUUUGCAAGGGCAGCCAGCAUUAUUCAGAAGACGUCUACUGAGCCACUCUCACUAGCGGCUUCUGUCACUGCCAGUGGCAGAAACCCUAUAUAAGACCUAAGACCUUGUCCUUUAGAUCUAUUUCAGUCCCCUCAGCUAGUCAGCUAACACAGAUUGAUUACAGGCCCUGCAUUUGCAUUGAUCCAUCAUAUUGCCUUUAUUUAGUAAAGAGUGGGUCAUCAUAUUUGUGAAAUGCAGUGAUGCCUUUCAGUGAAGAUUGUUCUUGUUUGUGGCUUGAGUAAUAGCAGCCUAACACUGAUCAUGAGUUUACCACAAUAUAUAUAUAUAUAUUUUUAUUGUACAUGCAACCCCCUUAUUCUAGUGACCUCUCUGUCUCUUCUUUGCACAUACUGAUUUCCACAACCGGAUACCCUCAUAUCAUUCAGCUGAAUUCAAGAGUUUUGUUAAACUGUCCAAGGAUAUUUUUUUAUUAUUGAUAUUGUAUGUAGGCCGUUAAAAAAAGAGAAAAAAAAGAAAAUAAUUUGGAGAAAACACUUAACAAUAUUGUGACCAUCUUAAUCAUUUAUCUUUAAAAGUACUUCAUUUAAAGACUCGCGUGCUUACAGAAAAGAAAGACAGCACAUGGGUUUUGAUAGCAAAAAUGUACAGUACAAGCCUGCUUUCAUGGGCCAGACUACGUGAAAACCGAAGAAACUGCAUAGUGCCUCUGAUGAGGAGUUUGUCCCUUGCUGCCGAGAAAAUCAGUACCAAGGUCACAGUGUAGAUAAUCUCAGCCUUGUCUGGCUUAGCAAAAAAGUUGUGAGUCUUUUCACUUUGCAGAACGAGUUUAUUGCAUGGUGGCUGUGUCUUUUUAGCCUUUUGUUAUCGAGUCUGCCAACUGUGGCCAAGCAGUAUCAGUAGAUUCUCAUCUGCAGAUCUUUUUGAUAUGUUAUAUAUAUUGGAAUGCACAAUGCCUUAGCGGCUUGGGUGUAAAUUUUCAAUUAUUUUUUUUGAAAUACCCCAGCUUUGUAUUUUAUAAAUUUUUAUAUAGUUUUGUAGAACAGUUCUAAGAAAAUAAGUGCAUUUGGAGUCAUAUCAGUGUCAUAUGGCGAUCUAAUUGCAGUUACUUACCUGAGAAAUCCCCAUGUUGGACAUACAGGGUUAUGUUCAUUUGCUUGGCUACUCUCUUCAUUCUCUCAGACACCACUAUGCAAUCUUAAAAAGAUGGUUUAGUCAGAUACAAGGCUGCUGCUAGUUUUUUGUUGUUGUUUUUAUACAGAUGUAGUAUGUACCACUCAAUUUCCGGAGUGCUAGCAGAAAGUGAAACAUAUGCCAUUCAAAGAACCCUUGAGUGGUCAUGUUACCCACAUAUCCCCUUAUGGUGCAGCACUUCUGUUUUUUGAAGCAGGUUUUAAGUAGAGGAAUGUUACUGUAAAACACUUGUUCACACUGACUUUCAUAAUGAUGUAAACAUUUAGUGGGUUAGAGAUGGAAGUUAGUAAUGCUGCAGUGGCCAAUCUUUAACUGCUGGGGACAAAAACUUCAUUUAUUCCAUCUCGAGUGUAUAAAUGCUGUCCUUCACUGUAGUGGGACAUUCUUAUGUUUUUCUAGUGCUGGUAAUGUGAAGUUCAGAAACUACUUUCUUCAGCUGCUAUGAGUUUCUAAACAGAUGCCUACAGACUAAAAACACUUCUGUGGUACAAAUCAGCAGUUAAUCUUUGUGGUUUGAAUAGUUUGAACUCGGUGUGAACAAACAUUACAGAAAGUAUUUUUAAUUUCAUAAAGUAAUCACUAGAGAUGCUAAAGAUACAGAACUUUGACGUAAGGUGGACCGCAGCUGAGGACUCUGUUCAGAAUAGACCCUGAUCAUUCGAAGUAAAGGCACUUAAAAAUUCCUCUUUAUAGAAUAAGAAUGUAUUCAGGGAGCUCUGAAACAGAGACUGCAGUUAAGUUCAAAAUGUUGAUGGGUGACACAAUGCUUUUUAGGGCAUGUUUACAAAUCCAUGUAUCUGUGAAAGCACCGAUUGUUACUGAAGUUUUGAGGUAGCUAUUCAUUCAUUGUUUGUGUGGUACCUGUAAACAGGCCAGCCAGUUAACCAAUCAUAAGUGGUUUCUUACUGAUCAUCUAGCUCAUUACAACAGGUAGAUCUGGCCAUUUGAUGGAGCUAUGUUUGAAUACAGUUACCAAGAAAACAACAUUGCCUCAUGCUGCAUGUUGUUUUCGUUUUCCCUUUUUAAAGGUACAUCUGUUGUAUUUUCUUAUCUGUUACAGUCUGUUUUCCUUUUUAUCAACAAGGCUGUUAAGCCUAGUAGAAUACGGGUAGUCAGUUGACAAAGAUGUGGUUUACACAAAUGUUACUUCACCUCGGUUCAGUCUGUAAGCCAUUAGAUUUUUAGUAAAGGUUUAUAAUUUAUAAAUGCUUACAGAAUUCUGAAUUUGAGAUUCUUCUGUAUGUUUUCCUUUAAACACAAAUCACCAUACCAUAUUUCUGGUGUUUGAAAACUUCAGUGUCUUUAUUUACUUCUUUCAGGCUCUCAAGGGUAUUGUGUCAGAAAAAGGCAACUGGUACUAAAAUACAAAGUUGCAGUUCUGUAUCUUAAGUGACCUGGUGUCCCCAACCCUUUCAGUAGUUUGUAGUCAUCUUAACUGGUCAGUUCAGGUACUGUGCAGUGUAACUGCAUAAUGGCUUUAAAGGAAACCUUAUUGAUGGAGGAAAAGCUUGCCUGUUUGAAAUAAAAUAUCAGUAAUAGGGGGCUAUAAGGCAGUACUGCACAUGCAAAUACUUGUACUAAUUGUAUACACACACUCCAGUUUGUAUAGAGCUGCCUUUCAUAUUUUAAACUUCCUGUUCUUAUUAGAGAAAACAUUUUGAUAUUUUUUUAUAUGUGUUACAAAUUACUGAAUCCAAAGAUAAUUAUGUUCUAUAUGAAAAAUACUAAUUAUUUGCUCUUUUAACUUAAAAAAUGUUGUAAAAAGGGAUACUUUUGCUAAUAACUUUAAAGUUUUCUUUGAUAAUGGUCAACAAACCCCACUCACCUCUAAAACUGAGAUUAGUAACUACAGUACAAGUGCCUAAAGAAAGCAUCUUUGAUGAGUAGAUGUUUCUUUUUCCAAAAUCAGUAAGGUUUCAACGGAAGGAUGAGCCAGAGUUUGUCUACCUCUGGAAGGAAAAAAAAAGAAUACUAUGGAACUGACACACUGCAGAUGUAUAUCAUUUUCCAAGUUUUUCUUGUUUAGAAAGUAAAAAUAUAUAUAAAAAUAAUCUAAAGCAGUAAGACGGCCAAUUUGUUACAUAAAAAAUGACUUGCUGUGUGUAAAUUAUUCAUAAAAAUUCCUGUGUUUAUAUUAAAAUCAGUAGAUAAAAAAGAACAGUUUCAAAAUGUUUUGUAUAUUCUGUUGUAAGAAUUUAUUCCUGUUAUUGCGAUAUAUUCUGAAUUCUUUACGUUAUAAAAAAAGAAAAAAAAAAUGUCUAUUUUGAAUGGCUGCAGCAAAGCAACUUUAGUUUCUUGUACUCUGCUUUUUUUCUAGUAGUUACAGUACUACAAAAUUUAAGUUAAAUAAAAAGAAUUCUGUAUGCAAAAUA